AUGGAUGACCAUACUGGCGCCAGCCUCCGGCAGUUGGUCAAUCUGAUCGACAAACUGCGGGACAUCGGCCUACAUAAGUAUAUCAACCUGCCACGGAUAUGUGUUGCCGGCACGCAGAGCAGCGGGAAGAGCAGUGUGCUCGAAAGCAUCGUGGGUAUCGACUUCCUGCCCAGGGGAGACGGGAUAGUGACGCGUCGUCCGGUGGAAUUCCGCCUCAGUAGGCUCACUGGAAAGGACGGGGAUGCCGACUUAAGACCGUAUAUUAUCUUUGAGGGCAACAGUGAGAAAUUCUACGAUUUCGAGCAAGCGAGGCAGCACAUACAAGAGUUGACUAACGAGAAAGCUGGCGUCAACAAGGGUAUCAUAGACGAUCCCAUUGUCCUCUCUGUUUUUUCCCCUGACUGCCCUGACCUCUCGCUUAUCGACCUCCCCGGAGUCACUCGUGUCCCGCUUAAAAACAGUGACCAGACCGACGACAUAGAAGCCCUAACCAAGGACAUGAUCAUGCGCUACGCCCGCGACCCACGCACUAUAAUUCUUGCGGUGGUCGCUGCCAACGUCGACAUGUCCACCAGCGACGCGCUGCAGCUUGCGAGGCGCGCAGACCCGCUUGGCGUUCGUACAUUGGGCGUAAUAACGAAAAUUGACCUUAUGGAUCGCGGAGCAGACGCCGUCGCCAUGUUACAAAAUGACGAAGUGCCUCUCCGGCUGGGCUACACAGGCGUCAAGAACCGCUCUCAAAAGGACAUCGCAGAGGGGGUUACGAUAAAGAAGGCGCUUGAACUGGAGAGGCAGUACUUCUCGGAGCACAGCGUAUAUAAGCAUAUCAAGCCCAGUCUAUGGGGGAUACCGUCGCUUGUCGAGAAGCUCACAAAGGUGCUGUACAGGCACAUCAGCACAGUGUUGCCAGACCUAAAGGCGGAAAUCUCGAACCGCAUCAAAAACACGACUGCGAGGUUGGAAGCGUUGGGCGCGUCUGCGCCGUCGGAUGCAGCUGAGCGUGUGCACCUGCUUUGGCAGAUGACCACCGACUUUUGCGAGGUCUUCGGCGGUAUAAUCAGGGGCAGAUACGUCAGCCGCCUGCAUGACUUUGUCGACAAGGAUGCAGUGACUGGCGUGCAAAUUAGGACAAUUUUUAACGAGUUGCUGGAGCCAUUCCUUUCGCAGAAGGUCUUCGACCAGCUGUCCGACUUUGAAAUUGAUCAGGCCAUUCAGAUGCACGAGGGAGACAGUCUGCCCGGGUUCCCCAGUCCAGACACGUUCGAGUACCUGAUAUUGCCUCAGCUGCAGAAGCUGGUUCCUCCAUCCAUCGAGUGCCUGGAGCGCGUGCAACAGACACUCGACUUGUUGGCCAUGAAGGUCUCUCAGCGCAUCUUUGCCAGGUUCCCGUUGCUGUGCGAAAAGGUGCUCGCCCUAUCGCAGAACAUCUUUACCGAAGAGACGGAGAAGUCUCGAGAUUUUUUGGAGAAAUACGUGGAGAGCGAAACUUUAUACAUUUUCACAAACGACGGUCAGUACAUGGUGGACAAGGCCGACGAAAAGCUGGAUGCUGGUAAAUCAACCAACUACGUCGCUGAAAAAGCGGCCCAGCUAACCCAGGCAACAGGCAAGGCACUGAGUGGUGUCUGGGACGCCGCUCAAGGCAAGAAGCGCAGAUACAGUUCGCAAUUCAUUCAGGAAAUACGGCGCCGCCUCAACGUAUAUUUCGCCAUAGUACUACGGAACAUGCGCGAUUCGGUGCCGAAGAUAAUCGGCCACUUCCUUGUGAGAAAGGUGCAGCAAAACAUGCAGUACAAAAUUUACACCGCCCUCACUCAGCAGAAGCAGGAGGAUCUCGAAGCCAUGUUCGGCGAGCCGCCGCAUAUCGCCCGGGACCGUGAGCUCAUGAGGGAACAGUUAGACGUGCUAAAUCGGGCAAUGUCACUCAUGCAGCGUGACUUUUCUGUGGCGCAAAGGGACCUCGACCUAUUUGAUGAGACCUUUGACAACGAUUUGAAGGCGUUCAGCAUCAAGGCUCAGCAACCUGGAAGUCCUGCUCCGGCUGCUGCCGACCUGCAGCGGCGUCCCGCAGCGCAACAGCCACCGGAGUCCGCCAUCACCACUGGCCAUCACAUGCCCAAGGCACAGUAUAUCACACAGCAGCCGCAGCGCGCGCGUGAUACAACACGGCGGGUGGUGGCCUCAAACCCGCUUUUCGACUGA